GAAGCCUUGAGUGAAGGCCAGCAGGAUGAAGCGGCUUCUGGCCCGGAUCCUUCCCGCCGCGCAGCACUCGGUGGCGAAGGCGCCUUCACUGGCGCCCAAGGGCAGCCAGGUGCUCACGAGGCGGACGUACCAGCAGAUCCCGAUCCAAUCAGACACCUAUUGGGGUACGGUACGCAGCCAUCCAACGUGGACAGAUGGACAGAUGAUGCAGUCCAUCUAUUGACUCACCUGGUGUCCUUGUGUGUGGUGCUUUGUGUGCAGCGACGAGUGGCGCUCUCAGGCUGGAGGUGGGCUGGGCCACGCACCCUUGUUGCACUCUGCAGUGCAGUGCACUGCGUCGUUGUCAGUCAGGCGCAUUCGUGUGGGAGUGUGUUGUGUUGUUUGCUGCGUGUUGUGGUGCCCUCCUGGCUGCAGAAGAAGACGCCAAGCUACGACGAUUCUGCCAUUCAGGAGUGGAAGGACCAGUUCCCCCAUCUCAAGGACUACAGCGCGGCUGACCUCAUGGAGUGGAGGCGAGCGGUGAGCCACACCGCUACACACACACACACACACACACAGACACAGACACGCACUCAAGCGUGUGUUUGUAAAUCAGUUCGAUUCGUUUGACGUGGACAACGACGGGUUCAUAAGCCAGGCUGACCUGCAGAAGGACCCCUCCUUCACGGUGGAGAAGAUCCACCUUCUCAAGGAGUACGACAGGGACAAGAACGCUCUCAUCGACUUCGGCGAGUUCGUAGAGGCCAUGAUGGCCAUCGACAUGACCUCACUCAGGGACUCAUUCGCAGGAUUCGACGUAAGCGCUUAAGCGAAGAGAGAGAGAGGUCGCACCCAACCCACACACGCAUUCAGUGUCGUUGGUCGGUUUUCGUGCAGCCGUCUGAUGUGAUCCUUGAGUUUGACCGUUAUUCGGUGACCCCUGACGGCUCCCAGCGAGGUCGGCGCAUCACGCUGGACGGCGUGAAGCACGUGAUGCGCGAGCACGACUUCUCGGUGGUGUGCGACCACGACGCGAGGAAGCUGUUCAGCCACAUGGACAUCAACGGGGACAACGAGAUUGACUUCGAGGACUUCAAACAAUGGCUAAAACACUGAGGAGGAAUGAGAGAAUGGCGACAGGCUGUCGGCCGUGUGCUUGGUCGACUCCCUUAUUAUUUUUGGCGUGUCUGUCUGUCGAGAGAAAGGGGCGCCGCACUGAUCUGAAUGUGUGUGUGUGUGGGAGUGAUAUGUGGCCGUGCUACUUUUUGCUGGCACCCACAGAUGGGACACAUGCUGUGUCCGUUGUGAGUUGGUGUGUGUGUGUGUUUGUAUUUGCCGAGGGUGCGGUGCGUUGCGUUGCGUUGUUGGUGCAUUUAUUACAUGUUGAUGCAUUGCAAUCGAGAGAAGAGAAGAGAAGAGGUGCCUUCCCUUGGCUUCCAGCUUUAUGACUGACACGUAGGGGUGCAUGGGAUGGAGGGGUUGGGUGGAACUGAACUGUCUGUCUGUCAUGACAUACGCCUGUGUGUGACGUGGACCAUCCAUUCAUGCAAGCAUGCAAGCAAGACAUGCAAUCAAUGCAUGCACUGGGGG